AUGAAGGCCGACACAGAGGCCUUGAAAGAGCAAAUGGCCACAAUGAUUGAGGCCAUGAUGAACAUAAAGGAGAUAAUAGAGGUCAACGUGGCUGCAAUAGCCGCUACCAGCACCAUUGUUGAGGCAUUGGCAGAGGAGAUCAAGGCAAGAUAUGAUAAAGCAGCUGUCAAAGUUGUUGACCUGAUUCUUACACUUCUACAAUUUGGAGGAUAUACACUAGUGCAAAAUUCAGUUGAUCUGUAUCGAAGCUUUGGUUUAUUUUAUCAAAUGGAUAAGAGUUGGAUAGACUACAAUUCUCUUAAUAAAGAGAAGUAUAUUAGAGGAGUUUUAAACUUUCUAGAUUUUGCAUUUGCGAAAUCGUCAAAGGAUGGAAAAAUUUUAUGCCCUUGUGCCAAAUGUGUCAAUUGCAAGUGGCGCUCUCGGAUGAAUGUUUAUGAGCACAUUAUUAGUAAUGGAUUUCUAAAAGGAUAUGUUACUUGGAUCUUUCAUGGUGAACAAGUUGGCCCAUCUAGUUCUUUAGAUACAUCCCAAGUGGAAGGGGAGUUUGAUCAUGACAUGGAUACAUUGGUUCAUGAUGCAUUCACAAUGCAUGCAACUAAUGAGAGUAAUGACACAGAUAUAAAUAUGGAGGAUGGAGAUUCUAGAGAAUUUAUGAAUGGACCUAGUGUUCAACAAUCUGAAGACAAUAAUAAUUCAGAAAAGUUAUAUCAGAUGUUAAGGGAGGCAGAGCAAAGUCUUUAUAAAGGUUGUAAGAAGUUUACAAAAUUGUCAUUCCUUGUACAUUUGUAUCACUUAAAGUGUCUAAAUGGGUGGACUGAUAAAAGUUUUUCGAUGUUGUUAGAGCUGUUAAGUGAUGCAUUACCAGAGGAAAAUACUUUGCCCAAAUCAUUUUAUGAUACAAAGAAGAUUAUUUCAGGGUUGGGUCUAUCUUAUGAAAAAAUUCAUGUUUGUCCCAAUGAAUGCAUAUUGUAUAGGAAGGAUUUGGCUGAUGCUGAAAUUUGCCCUAAAUGCAAUUUGUCAAGAUGGAAAUAUAACUCUGAUGAUGUUGAAUGUAGAAAAAAGAUACCAGCAAAGAUUCUUCGUUGGUUCCCUCUUAUACCUAGAUUGCAAAGACUUUUUGUAUCAUCAAAAACAGCUUGUUCUAUGAUAUGGCAUGAAGUUGGUCGAACUAAAGAUGGACUCCUGAGGCAUCCAGCUGAUUCAUUUGCUUGGAAGAAUUUUGAUUGUCAGUAUCCUGAUUUUGCUUGUGACGAUCGUAAUGUUCGACUAGGUCCAGGUAUGAACCUUGAUGUUUAUAUGCAGCCUCUUGUGGAAGAAUUAAAGGAAUUAUGGGAAAUUGGGGUAAAAACGUUUGAUGCAUGUAAAAAAGAGUCAUUCCAAAUGCGUGCUGCAAUUAUGUGGACUAUUAAUGAUUUUCCUGCUUAUGCAAAUUUGUCUGGUUGGAGCACUAGAGGCCAAUAUGCUUGUCCAUGUUGUGGUUUUGAGAUUGGCUCAAAGUGGUUGCGUUAUGGUAGAAAGUUUUGCUAUAUGUGUCAUCGUCGUUGGUUAGAGCCCGAUCAUAAGUGGAGAUACAAUAAAAGAGAUUUUGAUGGAACCCAGGAGUUUAGAGCUCCACCUGAUCUACCUAGUGGAGCUUUUUCUUUGAGACAGAUGGAAUAUCAUGGAGUUGGGGAUUGGUCACCAUGGAAAAAGAGAAGUAUUUUGUUCACAUUGCCUUAUUGGCAACAUAGUGUGCUCCGUCAUAAUCUUGAUGUUAUGCACAUAGAAAAGAAUGUGUGUGAUAACAUUAUUGGGAUGUUGUUACAAUUAGAAGGUAAGUCAAAGGACAAUGAUAAGGCACGCUAUGAUCUUGUUGAUAUGAAUAUUAGAAGCCAAUUACAUCCAAAGAUGCACCCAAGUAAAGGCAAACAAUAUUUUCCUAGAGCUUGUUACCAAAUGACUUCAAAAGAGAAAGAAACAUUUUUGGAAGUUCUCAAAACAAUAAAAGCUCUUGAUGAAUAUUUGUCUAAUAUUUCAAGAUGUGUGCAAGUGAAGGAACACAAAAUAUCCGGUCUCAAAAGUUAUGAUUGUCAUCUUUUAAUGCAAGAGUUUCUUCCUAUAGCUAUGAAAGGUUGUUUGCCAGACAAAGUGAGUUUAGCUAUAUCCGAUCUUUGUUGUUUCUUCAAGGAGUUGUGUGGCAAGGUGCUUAAUGAGAGUAAUUUAGAGCACCUAGAGCAUCAAGUAGCUCUAACAUUAUGCCAAUUAGAACAGAUUUUUCCUCCAUCUUUUUUCACCGUAAUGGUACAUUUGGUAAUCCAUUUGGCACAUGAAGCAAGAGUUGGAGGACCUGUACAUUACCGAUGGAUGUAUCCUAUUGAAAGGUUCCUUUUGACUCUAAAGUCAUUUGUUCGUAAUCGAGCACAUCCAGAAGGAUCUAUUGCAGAAGGAUAUUUAGCUCAUGAAUGCUUGAUAUUUUGUUCAAGAUAUCUAUCUAGGGUGGAGACUCAUUUUAAUCAAUUUGCUCGAAAUGAUGACUCAUGUUUUGUGGAAAAUGUAAGUGUUUUAAAUCCUAGAGGUAGACCAUUGGGGAGAAAGAAGCAAGUUGGAUUCAAUGUGAAGAAGAGAAAAAGAGCUUCUCGGAUUUCUCUUGAUAAGAAAGCAUUGGUUCAAGCACAUAGAUAUGUGCUUUUCAAUAGCAACAAUGUUGACCACUUUCGAAAAGCCCAUACUGAUCUUAUCAAGAGACAAAAUCGUCGAUUAUCUCCAUAUGAAGUUGACAAAAUUCAUAGUAAAGAAUUUCCAGAUUGGUUCCGUGAAAGAGUUGCUCGAUUGGAAGAGCAAGACAGCACUCUAGUGGCAAAUGAUAUCAAGUGGUUAGCUCGUGGUCCACUAGAAAUAGUGAGAAGAUAUAGCGGGUACAUUGUUAAUGGAGUUAGAUUUCAUACAAAGACACAUGAAAGGUGCUUGAAGACUCAAAACAGUGGCAUUGUUGUAACUGUUAAGACAUUAAGUUAUGCCAGUUCAAGAGAUAAAAACCCAAAGGAGGGAGAAAUCCACUACUAUGGUGCACUAACAGAUAUAAUUCAAUUGGAUUAUUCUGGAAAAUAUAAGGCUAUACUUUUCAAGUGUGAUUGGGUUGAUAUAAACAGGGGUUGCAAAAUUGAUAACUUCGGUAUGACAUUAGUGAAUUUCAAUUAUUUGCAACAUACAGGGAAUGAUAUAUGUGACGAUCCAUUUGUUUUUGCAUCUCAAGCUAAGAAAGUAUUCUAUGUGGAGAAUAAAACACAAAAUGGUUGGCUUGUUGUUGUGCAUGCUAAAAUCAGAGAUGUAUAUGAUAUGGGUGAUGAGCAAUCCAAUGACACGGAUCAAGGGAAUGAACAAGUCUUACAAGAGAUAAAUCAUAAUGAUUUGAUCAGACCAGAAGCCGAUGAUAGUGAUGAUAUCAUUGAAGUUACAAUACCUAUGGAGAACAUUUUACCACAUGACAAGGAUGAUAAUUAUAUAGAUGAUGAUGAGAGCGAUGCAGACUUCUUUUGA